AUGAUAAAUAAUCUCCGUCAAAGCCCCAAAAACGUCGGCAUCAGGUCCCUCACAAUCAAAGAAAGGGGAGAAGAAUUGGUUUCUCGAGUUGGGAAACAUGUAUACAGAAGAAAUGGCGUUAUCACUGAUCUAAAGUCACUUGGAACUGUUCAGUUGGGUUAUGGUAUCAAGAAGCUUGAUGGCAGAUACUAUCAGGGCCAAUUGAUGCAAAUGACAAUGAUGACCCCACCAAGCUUUAACAGUGAGCUCCAUUAUUUAAACAAAGAAGACCGUUUGUUACGUUGGCUUUUGGUCAAACAUCGUGACAUUAAAUUUGGUGGUGAGUUUUUUAAUGAAGAUGAUGGUAGAAGUGAUUUGAAAAUGAUGAGAAGCAGUAUUUAUGAUGUUGGUAGUGAAGAAGAAGAUGAUGAUGAUGAUGAUGAUGAUGUGGAAGAAUAUGAUGCAGCUUUCCAACAACAGAACAAUGAUGUUUGAGUGUGAUAAAUUUUAGCAGUUGAGAUUCUAAUCAUUUUGCAUGACGUGUUUUAAUUAAAGAAUACGUAUGGGUAAUAGUAGUAGUGGUGGUGGUUGUUUCUAUCUUGUUUAGUAUGUUUGUUUGUUGCGACUUGUGAGGCAUCAAUAAAACCAUCUCUUGGAAAACCGUUUUAGGGUUUGAUUUGAAGAAUAUUUUUGAAAAGAAUG